AUGGAAGAAAAUCAGACAGUGGUCACAGAGUUCAUCCUGCUCGGAUUCUGUCUGGGUCCAAGAAUUCAUCUAGUCCUUUUUCUACUUUUCUCUAUCUUCUAUAUGGUAACCCUGUUGGGGAAUGGGAGCAUCCUUGGAAUAAUUUGCCUGAACUUCAGACUCCACACUCCUAUGUACUUCUUCCUUUCCCACCUGGCCAUUGUCGAUAUGGCCUAUGCCUGCAACACGGUGCCCCAGACACUGGUGAACCUCUUGGAUGAGACGAAGCCCAUCUCCUUUGUAGGAUGCAUAACACAGACCUUUCUCUUCUUGGCUUUUGCACACACAGAAUGUCUUCUCCUUGUGAUAAUGUCCUAUGAUAGGUUUGUGGCCAUCUGUUAUCCCCUACACUACACUGUCAUCAUGAGUUGGAGAGUAUGUACUAUCCUGGCUGCUGCUUCCUGGAUAUUUAGCUUCCUUCUGGCUCUGGUCCAUUUAGUCCUCAUCCUGAGACUGCCCUUCUGUGGACCCCAUGAAAUCAAUCACUUCUUCUGUGAAAUCCUGUCUGUCCUCAAGCUGGCCUGUGCUGACACAACGCUCAACCAAGUCGUCAUCUUUGCAGCCUGUGUAUUCAUACUGGUGGGACCCCUGUGUUUUGUACUAGUCUCCUACACACGCAUCCUGUUGGCCAUCCUGAAGAUCCAGUCAGGGGAGGGCCGCAGAAAGGCCUUCUCCACCUGCUCCUCCCACCUCUGUGUGGUUGGACUCUUUUUUGGCAGUGCCAUCAUCAUGUACAUGGCCCCCAAAUCUCAGCACCCCGAGGAGCAACAGAAGAUUCUUUUCCUGUUUUACAGUUUUUUCAAUCCCAUGCUGAACCCCCUCAUCUACAGCCUGAGGAAUGCUCAGGUCAAGGGUGCUCUCAGGGGGACCCUGUGCAAAGAAAGUCACACCCAUUGGUGUGAUGUUUGA